UGAUUUCCUCUUUGUAAAUUUUCUCAAAAAGAAAAUUUUCUAUAUUUAUUUAUUCUAUUUAUAAUGUUUCAACGUUUAUGAUAAAGCGAUCGAAUUAAUCGCCUACGAAUUUAAUCGUCUUUAAAAAUUGGAAUUUGGAUUUUAUCGAUCACUCUAAAAGGAAUUAUUAAACAAAAAUGCCUCAAGCAGGAAAUGAAUAUAAAAAGAAUGUCACAAAACAGUUUUGGAAGUUCUUGUCAACAGAGCGUCUCAGGCCAUCAACAAAACUGGAGCUCAGACAAGUGUACUAUGAUCAGUUCAAGAAAACAUUGGAUCGUUCGUCGCCUACAGUGUCUUUCUCCACCAUUCUAUUUCACCUCAAACGGAUGAAGAAAUUAGUCAAGAGUAAAGAUGGUUCUGACACAUUGUUAUACUUUGAACGCAAGGGCCGACGUCUGGUCCUGGCUGUUGACCAAUCUUUUGUGCAGCGCAAGCAAAAAAAUGCGUCCAAAGCAAAGGGAGAAGAUCAUGAGAAGGAUAUUGAUGAAACAGAGAAGGAAAAGCUUACAGAACAUGAUGAUGAUGAUCCUGUGAUGGAGUUAAAAAAGUUAUUUCUUAAACACAAAGAAUCAUUCGUCCAAGACAAAAAUGGAGUAAGAGUUUGUUCCGAUUUGGACAGGGAACAUGGUGUGAUAGACUUUGGCCAAAUGCAUUUGACAGAUAGUGCACAAAUCACAGAAAUUACUGUGAACAAUGCGGGAACCAAUGCCAUUAAACUGAAGCGAUUUGUCGCCUUGGAAUCUGUGAGUGAUUUUAUGCUCUCAGAUAAACACAGUGUCACAGUUGCUGGGAAAGUCAAUAAAGUCAUCAAACUACCUGCUGGGAAAUCUUACAAGAUAUCAGCACUUUUUAAACCAAGCCGUUUAGGAGAAUUUAAGCAGCUGAUUGUAUUUGAAUUUGAAGAGGAAGGGGAUACAGCUCAGACAUAUCACAUAGCGCGGUUCUUAACUGGACAAGGAACUAAUGAGGAUGUCAAGAGCAUCCUUCCUGUACACAAGUAUCGGCAUCCCAAGGCUGUAGCAAGAGUGGUGGAUCCCAAAGUUCAAAUCAUAGGUGGAAUACCUCCCCCACGACCUGACAAUAAACUGCGGUUUGCCACUCCUCUCAAAGACUACCACAUCCCCUUUCAAUUGCGUCUGGGAUUAAAUCAAGGCAAACCUGGGGAAGAAUUAUCAAACCUCUUGGAGCUUGAAGUUGGACCACAACUGCGAGAAUAUUCUCAAAAGUUUGCUUCACUUCUUUACAUUGAAGAACUUCAAAUGGAAGUUGACAUUCGUCACUAUGACAUGGAGGAUGUAUUUCUUAACCCAUCAACUCAAGGAGGGUUUCUUGUCCUAAAGGUACCUGGACUUGCAGAGAAUCGACCAUCAGUUGUAAGGGGUGACCAGAUCUUGGUGAGGAUCAAAGACAGCAAAGGGCAGCCAGAAAAAGAAGAGUAUCAAGGAUUUGUUCACAUCUUGGGCUUAAAUGAUGUGCAUUUAAAGUUCUCUCCCAAAUUCCAUAAGAGAUACAUCAAGGGGAUGAGAGUGAAUGUACGAUUCACAUUUAACAGGACACCUUUAAAACUGAUGCAUAGAGCUCUAGAAAUUAGUCUCCAAAUGAUUGAAGAAAGGACACCAGUUGCUUCUUUAAAUUUAGCAGUUGGCACACAUUUAGAUCCCCUCUUGAAAGGAAAUGAGCUAGAUUUUAGAUUUUUUGAUGGAAAGCUUCAAAACAACAAAGAACAGGAACAGGCUGUGAGGAAUAUUGUUGCUGGGACAUCAAGACCAGUUCCAUAUUUGGUUUUUGGACCUCCAGGAACUGGAAAGACUGUGACAAUAGUAGAAGCCAUCAAACAGGUAUUGAAGUUGUUUCCCAAGAGCUGCGUUCUUGCCUGUGCUCCAUCCAACAGUGCAGCAGAUCUGCUCUUGCAGAGGGUUAUGGAGCACACAGUUAUUCCAAGGUCAAAGGCCAUUCGGCUGAAUGCCUUUGGAAGGUCACUUCUAUCACUGCCAAAAGAUAUUAAGGAUGUUUGCUGUCUUACUUCAGGAGGGGAUUUCUUUUUCCCAUGUAAAGAGGAGAUCAUGGACAAGCGUCUUGUGGUGUGCACUCUGAUUACAGCAGGAAGGUUAGUUUCUGCUGAGGUUCCCAACCAUCAUUUUACCCACGUGUUCAUUGAUGAAGCAGGCCACUCCCUGCAGCCUGAAUGCUUGGUCCCCCUGGCAGGAAUGUUUAGCACAGAAACUCCAGGAGGGGGACAGCUAGUCCUAGCAGGAGACCCUCAACAGCUUGGUCCAGUCCUUCGAUCUCCAGUAGCCAUUAAGUAUGGUCUUGGUAUAUCUCUUUUGGAAUGGAUGAUGACAAAGUUGCCUUUCUAUGGACGAAUACCACAAGAUGAAGAAGAUGAAUUGGGAGACUACAACCCUCUGAUUAUCACAAAGUUAUUGAAGAACUACAGAUCGCAUCCAUCUAUCUUGGAGCUACCAAAUGAGAUGUUUUAUGAUGAUGAACUAGAAUCCUGUGCUGACAAGCUAACAAGAGAAUCUUUGUGCAACUGGAGUCGUCUUCCUUGCAAGGGAUUUCCAAUUGUUUUUGAAGGAAUCCGGGGACGAGAUAUGCGAGAGGAAAAAAGCCCAUCAUUCUUCAACCCUGAGGAGGCAGCAGUAGUUGUGCAGUAUGUCAAAGACUUGAAGGAUACCAGAGGAAUCAAAGUGCUUACCUCAGAGAUUGGCGUCAUUUCACCCUACAGAAAACAGGUUCAAAAAAUAAGGACUUUGCUUGACAAGGCUAACAUCACAGAUGUGAAGGUUGGUUCUGUUGAAGAAUUCCAAGGACAAGAAAGGAGAGUGAUAAUCAUAUCCACUGUGCGGAGCAGCCAGGAAUAUCUUCAGCUUGAUGCACAGUUCAAACUGGGUUUCUUGAAGAAUCCAAAGCGGUUUAAUGUUGCAAUCACAAGAGCCCAAGCUUUACUGAUUGUGGUCGGAAAUCCUCAUGUUCUCAGCAAAGACCGACACUGGAAUAGGUUCAUAAAAUUCUGCAAAGAUUCAAAAGGCUACAGAGGAUGUGAUUUCAAGCCAGCAAUUGAGGAUGAUGAAGAUCUUAUAAAUCGCCUGAGGCGGGUUCAUCUGGACACAAAGGAAGCAUUAGAAGCUGUUGAAUCUACAGCAGAUGACACUGUAACACAGGCUGAACAACCUGAAUGGCGCAAACCGGAAGAAUUUUAAAUUACGAAUUAGAUGAGUUUUUAAAUUGCCAUAAAUUAUAAGGAGCAUUUUAUAUGGAUGUUGUUUUUGCUAGAAUUGACCUCAAAGGUCCAUAGGCAAUUAAGAUAACUGGUCAGACCAGAAGAUUGUGAGGCAAAAUUUCAUGGCCCACCAUCCUUAGUGAGAUGUGGGGACCUAUUGGUUAGUGCCCUUGACCCAAGUCCAGAGAUGCAGCUUGGAGAUCUGGUCAGGUCAGAGUGUUGUGUUCCUGGGCCAAACACUGUACUCUCUCCAACCAGGAGUAUAAAUGAGUACAAGAAAAUUUUCAGGGAAGCCUAAUGAAAUUUUAGGGGGGGGGGGUAACCUUGUGAUGGAGGGCAUCCCAUCCAGGGGGGAGUAGUAUAAGGACCUGCUAGAUGGCCCACUUGGUUUAAGUACUGACUCAACCUACCUCAACCAUUCUAAGAAUUUUCUCUGUCUUAAUAAUACAAAUUAUUUAGCAAGUACUAAGUCCUUUUGAAGUUUUGGCAUUGUUAUUAACCGCAA